CACAAGAAGGUCUCUCUCAUUUGAACUUUUUCUUGCUUGAGAAAAGAUUACAUUUGAUCUCAACAUUACCUGUCAGUUUUAUCUCGCUUUCCACCUAUUGCAGUGCAUCACCUGAGACUCAUCAGAAAAGGAAACCCUCUCCUCUCCUCUCCCUCUCCCACUGCCGUCACUUUUUGUUUACCUUGUCAGUGAACAAAAAGUUUCUCUCAUUAUCUGUUCAGUAUUUGUUGGAAUCUAGUUGCUGUUCUGACAACUUUUUUAUUAUUAUUCUUCUUCAUCAUUCUAUUGAUAGUUUGAUUUCUUCUUUUAAAUUGUUAGUUCUACAAUUAAGUAUAUUGGACAAUUUGAUUCCCUCAAACGAUUAUAUUUACCUUGUUAUUCAAUUUUUAUGAAUUUUGUCUAGUAUUUUUACUUUUGAUAUUUCUUUUUGUUUUUUCUUCGAUAAUUUUGUCUUUUUAAUCAACUUUAAAUCAACAACCAACUUUUGAAAGAUGUUAAUUGUGCUUCUUGUUGUGAUUGGGAUGAUUCUCCAGCCCUCCAAUUCAACACCGAUUUCUUUAUUUCGAGAUAGAAGAGCCUUUUCUUACAUAGCAAAUGAAACAGCAUGUAUUGUUGACAGUAUAAUCUAUCAUGACGGUGAUCCCAUUCCAACGGAUGAUCCCUGUGAAUCGUGUAAAUGUAGACCUCCGGGUUUCUCAUGUGUGCUAAGAGAGUGCAAAGUGAAACCAGGAUGUAAGGCGAUUCGCCGGGAAGGUGAAUGUUGUCCAGAAUAUCAAUGCGGAUGUGAACACAAUGGAAAAUUUUUCAACGAUGGUGAUCAUAUACCCAAUGCUGAAAGUCCUUGUUACUCGUGUUACUGUCAAGGAAGCUCGAUAACUUGUGCCCUCGCUGAUUGUAAGUUUAGAUUUGAUUGUGAACCCGAAUAUGUACCAAAUGAAUGUUGUCCCAGGUACGACCAUUGUCAACCUGAGACACCUUUCUGGACAACAACUUCCAAGAGACCAUCAAUUACGAGGAUCACAACCAUGUCAACAACAUCGGCUUCACCUACGACCUCUCCACCGAUCACACCAAUUACAACAACUUCUACAGCUACUCCACCUCCAUCAUCAACACAACCUCCUCCUCCUCCUCCUACUACAACAAAACUUAUCACAACCAUGACUACAACAACUACGACAAUCACUCCCACAUCAAUGGUCACCUCAAUGAAAGAGGAAACAUCUGUCAGCCCAGAUAAUAGUCCAGCAUCUUCGUCAUCAACAUCAUCUUCACCCUCCCCGUCAACUACUAUCAUUUACUCAACUUUAGCGAAGGACGAACCUGUUAAAAUAUCCACUUCAGAAGCAGAUAAACCCUCAACAUCUAGUAUCAAUUUGGAAGCAUCUUCACCAUCAACAGUUACAACAACACCGAUGAUCAAAGAUGCCGUCACAACAAUUAAAGUUUUGAAUGAAGCAUCCACUUUACCGAUUAAUCCAAUUAUACCAGAUAUGAAGGAAAUUGAUGUAACGAGCUCACCAAUCACACUUUCAUCAGUUACUGAAUCAAAGGCUGAUGAUAAUUCAGAGGCCUCAGUUACUCCAAUACUUUUAACAACCGAGAAAUCAAUUGAUCAAUCAGGUUCUAGUGAAUCCACUUUCCAAAUAUUACCUUCAUCAACUUCAUCGUCGGUCGAGGCAACGACAUUAUCAAAUAAUGAGCCAUCUUCAAUUGCGCCGAUUAAACCUGCCGAUGAGCCGAUUGUCUCUUCUGAAUUGCCCCUUGGUGAUACAUCGAGUGAAACUCCCAUUUCCUCUUCCGAAAACCCGAAUAUUGAAGAAACUGCAUCGAUGGUUAAUGAUAAUCCACUUGAAUCAUCUUCACCUUCAGAACCUGAUCAAGAUUCACCAAAAUCACCAGAGACAGAAAAUGAAGUGACCACAAUAGUUGUUAAACCUGAAACCGUAUCUGAAGAUAAAUCAACUAAUAAUGAAGAGAAAGAAAUUAAUGUAUCGAUGGACCCAAAGGCUCCGAAUGUCCCUGAUAGUCCAAUUGAUUCAACCGAGAGUAAAUCAGAAGAAUCAAUUAACUCUGCCAAUACUAAUAGUGAACAACCAGAACCGGUGACAACAAUUGUUCCUAAUGGUGAAUCUCCAGCUGAAACAACUACAAUUGAGCUCGAAGAUAAUUACUUAACUACUCGUUUUCCGAUCCCUGAUUCGGAAUUAAGAGCUGAACAUAAAAAUGGGGAUUCAGACAUAAUUGUUGAUUCUGAUUCUCUUGAUUCUCCAACAAUCACAGUGUCAACAGUAACAGAAGAAAUCAGUGGUGGCGAUAAUCCAAAUAAAUUAACUUCAGAAGUAAUUAACAAUAUGGACUCAGCUUCAUCUUUAUCUUCACCAUCGACAACAUCAUCAUCUUCAUCAUCGCCAUUAUCAGAGACCAACCAACCAGAUAAUAAUAAUAAUGAAUUCAAUACACCUUCACCUGAUGUUAAUACUUCAUAAUUAGAAUUAAAUUAAAUUUUAUAAUUAUUAAAUUCAUUGAUCAAUCUUA